AUGCACGAAGCCGACAGCUACUACAACCCCGGCCCUGGCAAUGGCCAGCAGCCAGGGGACGCCAGCUACCAGCAACCGCCGCAGCAGCAGCAGCAGUAUACCCCCCAGCCAGUAGCAAACGGCGAGCUCAACGAGAAAGCGACCUUUGCGCAGACAUUCAAGAUCGAGAAGCCCAAGUGGAACGAUCUCUGGGCCGGAGUCCUGUUCCUCGCCUUCUGUGCCGGCUUCGUCGCAGUGUCGGCCAUCGCGCUCCAGGGAUACACGUCGACUCGAAACAUCCAGGGCAGCGGCAUCUACGAUGAAAGAAACGACUUUACGCUCGGCACCAGCACGAUCAUCCUCUUCGCCUUCGUCCUCGCCGUCGCCGUCGUGCUCGGGUACAGCUACGUCUGGCUUGCGCGACUCUUCCCCAAGCAGUUCAUCUGGGUGACGGGCAUCCUCAACAUCUGCUGGGCCAUUGGGACUGCGAUCUUCUAUCUGUAUAAACGGUACUGGAGCGCGGGCAUCAUCUUCCUCAUCUUCGGCCUCUUCCUCGCCUUUUGCUUCUGGACAUGGAUCAGCCGGAUUCCCUUCUCGGCCCUGAUGCUCAAGACUGCCGUCGACGUCAGCAAGACGUACGGUCACGUCUACAUGGUCAGUCUGAUCGGUGGUUUGAUUGCGACCGCGUUUGGAGCCUAUUACUCGAUUGUCCUGGUCGCCAUCCAUGAUAAGUUCCAGCCGUCUCGCAACAAUCCUUCCUGCGACAGCAGUCAAGGCUGUGGCAGCGGCAAGGUCAUUGGCCUGAUCGUCUUUGUCACUUUUACCAUGUACUGGAUCUCCGAGUGGCUCAAGAACACCAUCCACACCACCAUUGCCGGCGUCUAUGGCGCCUGGUACUUCCAUCCGCACAGCCCUCCCCGGGGCGCAACGCGAGGAGCGAGCAAGAGGGCUCUGACCUAUAGCUUCGGCUCCAUCUGCUUUGGAAGCUUGCUUCUCGCCAUCAUCCAGUUCCUGAGGCACCUGUGCUCGAUCGCCAGGAGCCAGUCGAUGCAGGAAGGAGGCGUUGGAGGCAUGAUCGGCUACAUCGUCUUCUGCAUCCUAGGCUGUCUCAUCGGGCUCCUGGAAUGGCUUGCCCAGUUCUUCAACCGCUACGCCUUCUGUCACAUUGCGCUGUUUGGCAAGGCCUACAUUCCCGCGGCCAAGGAUACAUGGAAGAUGAUCAAGGACCGUGGCUUUGACGCCCUGAUCAAUGACUGCUUGAUCGGGCCCGUUCUCUCUUUCGGUGCACUCUUCGUCGCAUAUGCGUGCGCCCUUCUCGCGUACCUGUAUCUGCUCUUCACCAACCCAUCUUACAACAGCGGCGGGCAGUACACAGUGUUCGUUGUCGCGUUCUCGUUCCUCAUCGGUUUUCAGAUCGCGAAUAUCUUCACGACUCCGCUGUCCAGUGGGAUCGAUGCCAUUUUUGUGGCCGCUGCCUGGAGCCCACAUGUCAUGUACAACGAGCAUCCCGAACUGUACAAUGAGAUGGUCCGGGUUUAUCCCAGGGUGCAGCAAAUGAUUAGAGUCUGA